GACAGAGUUGUAGUGAGGAGAACUAGACCGUGAUCUCGCUUGAGUUGCCCAGCCGUGCGCUACAAUUUUAAACGAUAAAACAUUUUCAUUCCGUAUUUGCAUACGCAUACACCUGUUAUGCUAAGUCGUUUUCAGCCUUUUAUCUCUUUUUCGGACUAUUUCCUGGAUUUGGAUUUGGAAUAGCGUGGACAUUUAGUUUAUGUUACAUAUAAUUAUUGGAGGGUUUAACUCCGAAGGACCACUCCAGUCAAAAUGUCAAUUUUACCUUUUACACCUCCGAUUGUGAAAAGACUUUUGGGUUGGAAAAAGGGAGAGCAGAAUGGGCAGGAGGAGAAGUGGUGCGAAAAGGCUGUGAAGAGUCUUGUGAAGAAACUGAAGAAGACGGGACAGCUGGACGAACUGGAGACUGCCAUCACAACACAGAACAUCAACACCAAGUGCAUCACCAUACCGAGGUCUCUGGAUGGCCGUCUGCAGGUGUCCCACAGGAAGGGUCUUCCCCACGUCAUCUACUGCCGACUGUGGCGCUGGCCCGACCUGCAGUCGCACCACGAGCUGCGCGCCAUCGACCUGUGCGAGUUCGCCUUCCACAUGAAGAAGGACGAGGUGUGCGUCAACCCCUACCACUACCAGCGCGUGGAGACACCGGUACUGCCCCCGGUGCUGGUGCCCCGGCACACGGAAAUCCCGGCCGAGUUUCCCCCGCUGGAUGACUACAUCCACUCCAUCCCAGAGAACACCAACUUCCCCGCCGGCAUCGAGCCGCAGAGCAACUACAUCGCAGAGACCCCUCCGCCUGGCUACAUCAGUGAGGACGGGGAGACCAGUGACCAUCCGAUGAGCCACAGUAUGGACACAGGCUCACCGAACCUUUCACCAAGUCCAGUGUCUCCAACGCACAGUAACUUAGACCUGCAGCCAGUGACAUACUGCGAGCCGGCCUUCUGGUGCUCCAUCUCCUACUACGAGCUGAACCAGCGUGUGGGCGAGACCUUCCACGCCUCACAGCCCUCGCUGACCGUUGACGGCUUCACAGACCCGUCCAACUCGGAGCGCUUCUGCCUGGGCCUGCUGUCCAACGUCAACCGCAACGCCGCCGUGGAGCUCACGCGACGCCACAUCGGUCGGGGUGUACGUUUGUACUACAUCGGUGGGGAGGUGUUUGCCGAGUGCCUCAGCGACAGCGCCAUCUUUGUCCAGAGCCCAAACUGCAACCAGCGCUACGGCUGGCAUCCCGCCACCGUCUGCAAGAUCCCCCCAGGUUGCAACCUGAAGAUCUUCAACAACCAGGAGUUUGCGGCCCUCCUGGCCCAGUCGGUGAACCAGGGCUUCGAGGCCGUCUACCAGCUGACCCGGAUGUGCACCAUCCGCAUGAGCUUCGUCAAGGGCUGGGGUGCAGAGUACAGGCGUCAGACGGUGACCAGCACCCCCUGUUGGAUCGAGCUGCACCUCAACGGGCCACUGCAGUGGCUGGACAAAGUGCUCACUCAGAUGGGCUCCCCGAGCAUACGCUGCUCCAGUGUCUCAUAAGACGACACUCACACACACAUACACACACACACACAUACACACAUAUACACACAACAAGCACAGGCGCACAUCAUAAUCUCGCACACGCACAGACACACACACACACAUACACACACACACACACACACCACAGACACUCACACGCACGCACACCACACCAAACACCAAACACUCACAUAUAAAUACAGUCCGUUUACAAGCACUCACAUAAAUAACACACUCACUAUCUGACGCACACACUUUAGAGUGACAGGAAACGUACAGACCAAAACUAAACUGUCAAACCAAGAAAGCGACUGGAAGAGGCUGUUGGAGAGAGCAACCUCCCACCCACUCCUCCACCCACUCCUCCACUCACUCCUCCACUCACUCCUCCACCCACUCCUCCCUGGGCAACUCUCAGGAGCACUUUGAUUCUGAUGUGUGUGAUGUGCAACAGGGAAAGCACAUCACAAAUAAUGCUUUUUUUGUUUGUUUGUGUUUUUUUCCUGACAUUGUCCAUAUCAUUUGAUUUUUAAAUACAUUAAUUGUUUUGGCAGGUGGUGCCAAAAUGCUCAUACACAUGCGAACUACAUGAUUUGUUUAUAUACAAGCAAUAAGGUUUUAAAAAAAGAAAGAUGAUUUUUUUAGCUGUGCAUACAUAAUUUGGAGUAGUGGUGCUAGUUAGUGAGAAUUUUAAGAGCAUUGAAUUUUAAGUGUUGAAACAGUUUUUUGUACAGUACCAAGUUUCAUACAUUUAUUUUUUGUAUUUUUUAUUGUGAUUUCAAUUGCCCAGUGUUGUGAAUUAAUUUCUUGUAAAGUCUUGAAUGUCUUGUAAAGACUUUUACUCUCUACUCUCCUGAGCAGUAUAGAAAAAUAGAUGCAUCAAUUUUCUAAUUUUUCUUAACAAUUGUGUAUUCUGUGUGUGUGUGUGUGUGUGUGUGUGUGUGUGUGUGUGUGUGUGUGUGUGUGUGUGUGUGUGUGUGUAUGUGUGGUCACGUCUUUGUUUCUUUAACCUGUAAGGCAUGCUGUUCUUCCCCAUGUUUAGGUAGCUACAGUCUAGCCACACACUAGGUGAAGCAUUAAGCCUCUUCUCUGCAUGCAGCCUAAGUCUCCCUUUAUGACUGUUGGAAGGGGUGCCUGCGUUGAGACACCUAAUCAGAAGUGAAACCUCUCUGAAGUGCGGAACAGGUGUGGUGCUGUCUGUCUGGGUCUGACUCAUAACUGUCACUUUUUGUCAGUUUUUUUUGGGGGGGGGAGUUGUGCCAAGCUUGUGUCCACUCAUAUCAAACAGGACAGCGUCUGCUCUCUCUAAUCUGACCACCCACUGUCCAUCUGGUGUUUGCUUGCAUUUGUUGUUCAGAUGUUGGCCAUUCUGUAGUGGUUGAGACGAUUUUGACUGCCUUUGUCUUGCUUGCAUUGUUUCAAGGGAGAUGUUUUUUUUUUUUUGUGAAAAAAGUUCCGACAUUUGCUCUCAGACUGAGAACAGUUGCCAUUAGCAGUCGAGCCACUAAGUAUUGUCUCUCUUCAGUCCUAUGACCAGCUUCAGAGGAGGUGGAUUGGCAAAGGAUCUGCCUAGGAUAGAUGAUAUAGUGUAUAUAUUUAUAUAUUCCGUCUAUAUAUUUAUAGCAUCAAAACUGCAUGUGAGCACCAUUAUGCUCUGAGUAUGUCUUGUACUGUACAUAUACACACACCUCUCCCUUAUGCCAGUACACAUGUGGGGAGGGGAGUAUACUCUGUGUUUUAUGAGGGGGAUGAGAAGAUGGUGCUUACUUCAUCGAUAAGUGAUAGACGGAAGUGCUUGCCUUGCCUCAGUCUCCUAUUUAGCACUAAUACUUCCUGGUUACAUUUGCAAAGUUUCCUCAUUAGGCUUACAGAGAAACUCCAGAUCACACAGUUUGCCACAGUUUGCUCAUUGUCUGUUCUAGUAACAAGGAAAUUGCGUGCACCAGAGAAAGGCAGUCUUGUGCCUCUCCAUGCAAAGUGAUGUACUCUCACCUGCCGUUUAUGUGCAGUGAGUAUUCCAUGAACCAAGUUUAGCCCUUGUUCAGAGUUAUGUUGUCAAAACACAGUUUCCUCUCAGGACCAUUGUGGGUUUUAAUCUCGUCUUGAUUCAAACUAGACGUGUUCUGUACAUACAUAUACAGAAACAGUAAUGCAUGCUUAUUUUCUGAGAUUUUUUCACUUUUUGUAUUCUAGAGUCUAUUUUGCUACCAAAUAUUUUUGUAGGAGUGGGAAUGUUUUAUAGCAACGUACUGCAUUAUUGAUCGCUCCUUGCCCGUACAGGGGAGAACAGAUAAGCCAAGAGCUGACAACUUUGGGGAUAAGGAAUUUCUCUAUGUUUCUCUAUGUUUUUUUAUUCUGUAUGUUUAUUGUGACAGAGGGGGAGAGUUUGAUUAGAUGUUUCUGAAAUAAAAGGGAACGCUUGACAUGGUAGGCUGUGUACAUAUUUAAACCAAUACCAGUUUUGUGUGCAGUCACUGGUUUCUUUUUUAAAUUCUUUUGAGGAGCAGUCGCUCACUCCUCUGAGACUGUCUUUGUACUUCUUUGGAGGAAGGAUGAAAAAAGCCCCUCGAACACUUCAGAGGGAUCUGAGAAACCAGUGCUGUUAACUUCCCCUACUUUUUUAAAACCUUUGGUAAACACAGAGGGGUAAACCGAUAUUUGGGUUUGUCGAGGAUGGCACACAAGGUCCACUUCACCCUCCCUGCGGUCCGCCUGGCCUGUGUGGGCCAAGGGCAGUGCCGUCUCUGAGGCUGGCACAGACACAAUGGCGGGGCUCAUUAGUCAGCGGUGCAUGGAGACUCCCUCUUUCACACACACACAGCACUUACAGUGGUACACUUAUGCUCCUUGCACUUCCGAUGGCGCACAUGGUCCACCAUAUUUAAGUUCGAGAAUAAUUGGUUGAAAAUGAACAAAGUUAUGUCUGAGUCUCACUUGUCUUGAUUCUGUAGUUUCCCCCCAAACACACAUUUAUAUAUAUAUAUAU